UUUGGUCUCGGUUAUAGUUGUCCACACUCAUUCUCAUUCGUAUUGACACUGUACAAUACGGUGAGCAUUCAAGGUACCUGUCAGUUUCCAGCAUAACCGGUAUACGACCUUCCGUCACUGGUUUAGCUUCUCCGAGCUCUUCGUAAGCCUCAAUAUUACAAAGGCGCCAUCUUUUCGAAACAUCUUGUGUUGCCAUUCCCUCUCUUCAUCCUGCCAAAUCAUUGAACCCCAUCGGCAAACCUUCACUACGCGCGACACACCAAUUUCAACUUCCGAAACAUGGAUACCCAUUCGACUGUCACCACUAUUGGUGGGUGGGCGAUCAUUCUGGGUAUCAGCGGAAUUAUCUGGUAUCGCAGUCAACUAAAGAAGAAGACUACUCCUCCAAUCCGUCGCGGCUCUUUUACUAGACAAUCCGCGAAACCCGCCGAUCUUGGCUCAGGAAAUGAUAGUAAGAAGAAGCUAGAAAAGGCCGCGAAGCCAAAACCCAAGCCGAAGGCCCCCGCAGCUUCGGAUGAAGUUGUGCCACCAAGCGUCAACUACAAUCGAGAAGUAGAUGAGGCAGCCGACAAGAAGGCCGAUCGAGAGUUCGCGCGUCAACUGGCCAAUGCCCACGCUGGAACCCAGCUCAGCGCCAAGAAGUCGGAUGAAAAGCGACAAAAGUCCAUCAAGCAAUCCAAGGCGCAAGAGCUACCUGGCGGAACCUCGGUUCCCUCCUCUCACGCUGGCGAUGCCGACGAUGACUUGUCCUCCCAGGCCUCCCCUGUUGUUGCUGCUGUAAAUGGCCACGAUGUAUCCGACAUGCUCGAAGCAACACCCUCCGGCCCGUCUGUUCUCCGCCUUACCGAUGUUGACUCUGUUAAGAAGCCCAAGGAGCGAAAGACUAAGGCACCCGAAGUCGUCGAGUCGAAGAAGCAGCGCCAGAACCGAAAGAAGGCGGAGGCUGCCAAGGCUGCCCGUGAGGAGGAUGAGAAAGAGCGCAAAGUAAAGAUGGAACAACAACGACGGGCUGCCCGUAUCGCUGAAGGACGAGCUGCCAAGGACGGCUCUGCCUCCGUAGCCAAUGCCUCAAAUGCCUGGAAUGGCAAGUCUACCAACGGAACCAAUGGUACCAAUGGUGGCGACAUUAUCCAACCUUUGGACACCCGUGAGCAGCAACCCAAGGUGGAAUCCGCAAAGCCAAAGAAUACUGGUGCUACCCAAACCACCAAGGGCAAGUCGGAUCCUUGGUUGUCUAGCAUGCCGUCAGAGGAAGAGCAGAUGGAGAUGCUCCGACAAGAGGACUCGUGGAAUGAGGUCAAGACGAAGAAGAAGGGCAAGAAGAAUCAUACUCCUGUCGAGACAUCAGCCCCUGCCACCAACGGUGGUAGCACACCGACCGUUAAGCCUUCAGCUGCGGUCAAUGGUACCAAGAAACCCAUCCUGACCAGCAAUAACUCGUCCUUUGCUGCUCUCACCCCAGAAGAGACAGAUGACAAUGAGGAAGAAGAGCAAGAGUGGGAUGUAUGAUCAGUCGAGAUGUUAAGCCCAAGGACGCUUUGAAGUGUUCAUUUUGCUUCGUUAUACAUUUUUUCGUCCGUUAAUACUGCUUAUCACCAACCUCGAACACCCGCCAUCAACUCUCGCAAACUCGUUUCCCUUUCAACGGUCGUUCUCACUGUUGUACAAUACUCACACUUUAUCGUUUCGAUUCACUUGAUGGGCAUGGACACUAAGCUUCUUUACUUUUAUCUUUGACAAAAAAAAAGGGGCUCGGGCUUGGAUCGGGCAAAGGAGCGGUGGGGGGGAAGGGCCUCUUUUUUGAAGCUGGACGCCCGGGCUGAUGUAGAUCGGUCCAAACCCCCCCUGCUCUGAAUGUGUGCGUCUUAUGUUUUUUCUACAGGCUGGAGUUAGCUGAAUCUCCACGCGGACAACAAGAUGAUAUUUCCUCCUUAUUACAACGAACGAUGAAAAAAUAAUG